AUGAUAAAUUUUCACGCAAAUGUAAAUAAUCUUGAUUCUUUCGCCGAACAGGAAAACGACGAUGUUACUGAUGAGAUUAGUAAUAUAAGCAACCAUGACACUGACGAAAUUCGAAGUAAAACCGAAAACAUCCUAGUUUUUGGAAACACUUUUUCAUCUAUUACUGAGCCUGGAAUUUCCGACGACGAACUCCAUGAAAAGAUUCGAACAUUAAAUAAAACACAAAGGCAAAUUUUUAAUGAUUGGGUUAGAACUUACGUAAAAGGUUUAGCAUGUAACGCACACCAUAAAAUUAAGCCAAUUCACAUUUUUCUAACAGGAAGUUCAGGUUGUGGAAAGUCCCAUUUAAUAACAACAAUUUCUGACAUGCUAAAUAAAGCACUUUCCUAUCGUGCAGGAAACUUAGAAAAGGAUAAAAUUCUCAUUUUAGCACCAACCGGUAUUGCUGCCAUUAAUAUAGAGGGAAAUACAAUACAUUCAGCCUUAGGUAUACCAGCGGAUAGAAAUUUCACUAAAACCAUUUCUAAGUUAAGUGAUAAAAAGAAAUGUAUGCUGCGAAACAAGCUUUCAGAACUAAGCGUUAUUGUAAUAGAUGAAAUCUCAAUGGUUUCAAACAAGCUACUUUUACAUAUUCAUCAACGGCUAAGCGAAAUAUUUGGAUGCGCAGAUGACAUUCCAUUUGCAGGAAUAUCUGUUAUAGCAUGUGGCGAUUUUUACCAACUUCCACCAAUUCAAGCAAGGCCAGUUUACGCAGAAUACAAAGAUGCAUUGUUAAAUCUUUUACAUUGCUGGAAGCAUUUUAAGAUUGCUGAACUAACGGAAGUUAUGAGACAGCGUGGUGAUCAACAUUUGAUUGAAUUAUUAAACAAUAUCAGAGUGGGAAAAUUAGAAACGCGACACGAAGAUUUACUAAAAUCUAAAUUUAUUUCACCAAAUGACCCACAUUACCCCAAAAAUGCAAUUUAUAUAUUUGCUGAAAAUCAACCCGCCUCUGAGCAUAACAAAAAAUGCUUAAUAGCAUAA